GAAUCGAAGGUUUUUCCAUUCUUCUUCAUUGAAAGAUUCUUCAAUUUAGAAAAGCUUUUUAUAGGUUGUUCUCAUUUCAAGGAGUUGUUCCCUUCUAUAGCAUCCAUUGAUUGUCAGGAGAAAGAUGGAAGAUGGCAUUUCCGUUUAGAAAGUUGAAGCUGGAUACUCUUCCUGAUCUGAAGUAUAUAUGGAGUCAAGGCUCAGCUUCAGACCUACUUGCUCAAAAUGUUGAAUCUCUUAAAGUGCUGGGAUGUGAUAAUUCGAUUAGCUUAUCAGAAUCUACGCCAUCUUUCCAAAAUCUUACCACUUUGUUGGUAGAAAGAUGUCAAGGGUUAAGAAACUUAUUUUCAUUUGCAACAGCCCAAAGUCUGGUGCAACUCCAAAGAAUCACUGUAGAAAAUUGCCACUCUCUGAUAGAAAUAGUUGGAGGUGAAGGAGAUGGAUUAUAUUUAGAAGAUGUGAUUGUUUUCAGCAAAUUAAAAGUUUUGAAACUCAAGUGCUUAACAAGACUGGCAAGCUUCUGUUCUGCAAAUUUCACAUUCAAGUUCCCAUUGUUGGAAGAAGUAAUGGUGGCUCAUCAAUGUGCCAACUUUGAGACCUUCUGUCACGGAGUCGUGAGGACUCCCAGCCUGCAGAGAAUACAAUUAACACAAGAAGAUGAUGUAGGGCGUCCAGCGGUUGAGCUGAAUGACACCAUAAAUCAAUUUUACAAAGAAAAGGUUGGUUUCUCUGGGUUACAAUAUUUGAAGCUCUCCGACUUUAUUUCCUCAGUUGGUGGAAAUAUGGAACAAGAAUCCUCAAGAGAUCUUGGAUUUCAAACAGCCUUGUGUCCUUGAAAUUUGUAAUUGUAGUGAUUUGAAAUAUCUCUUAACACCUUCCAUGGCCUUGGGCCUCGUUUCCCUCACAGAGAUGAAAUUAAAAAACAGUGAAAUAAUGGAGCAAAUCAUCACAGAAGAGGAAGCUACGCAGGCAAAUGAAAAAGGGAUAAUAUUCCCACUGAUAGAAACCACUAACUUGAAGUCUUAUCCCAACUUGACAAGUUUCUGUGUGGGAAAUUAUAAACUUGAGCGUCCAUC